AGAAAGUUGCCACAAAAAAAACAAAAAAAAACAGCUGCUUUGCAACAAACAUGGCAUCUUUGCAUGCUAGUGUCGACAACAACACUUCACUCUCCGGUGACAGAGAAGCACCGCCGCCCACCGCCGCACCCCGCCGUCGAGGCGGCUGGAUCACCACCCCCUUCAUCAUAGCAACCGUGUUCGGGCUGACGGUGGCGGCCGGCGGCUGGUCGGGAAACCUUAUAGUCUUCCUGAUCAACGAGUUCAACAUCAAACGCAUCGACGCCGCCCAAAUCAGCAACGUCGUCAACGGCUGCGUCAACUUCUUCCCUCUCCUCGCCGCCGUCGCCGCCGAUUCCCUCUUCGGCUGCUUCUCCGUCAUUUGGAUUUCCUCUCUCAUCUCUCUACUGGGGAUCUUCCUCCUCCUUCUCACGGUGGCGGCGGACGGGUUGAAGCCGGCUCCUUCGGAGCCGGCGUCGAGAAUCCAAUACGCAGUGUUGUAUUCCGGCAUGGCUCUGGCCUCGAUCGGCAUGGGCGGCACGAGAUUCACCUUAGCAACAAUGGGAGCCAACCAGAUCAAGCACAAGGCCACUUUCUUCAACUGGUAUUUCUUCAGCUUGUAUAGUGCUUCCUUCAUAUCAGCCACGGCCAUUGUGUAUGUGGAAGACAAUGUGGGGUGGCGCUGGGGUUUUGGAAUCGCCAUCGCCGCCAACGCCCUCGCAUUAGCCCUCUUCCUCGUCGGGGCUCCUUACUAUAGCCGCGACGAGCCACGCGCCAGCCCCUUCACCGCCUUGCUGCGCGUGGCUGUCGCGGCCUUUAGGAAGAGGAAGGCCGUCGCCGGAGUUACUAAUGUAGAUUAUUACUACGGAGAUGAUGGAGUUAAAGGGGAUGCCCCGACAAACUGGUUCAGCCAACUAAACCGUGCAGCGGUGAAGCUCGACGGCGACAUCCUACCAAACGGCGUCGUGGCGGCGCCGUGGAGGCUCUGCACAGUCCAACAAGUGGAAGACCUGAAAACCCUAAUGCGAAUCCUCCCCUUAUGGUCUUCCAGCAUCUUCCUCGGCACCCCCAUCGGCGUCCAGCUCAGCCUCACCGUCCUCCAAUCCCUCGCCUCCGACCGCCGCCUCAGCGCCGGCUUCACCUUCCCGGCCGGCUCCAUCAUCGUCUUCUCCUUCGUCUCCACCGCCGUGGGCGUGAUCCUCAUCGACCGCUGCUUCAGGCCGAGCUGGAGGAGAAUGGUGGGCGGCAAGGAGCUCACGCCCUUGCAGCAAAUAGGGAUCGGCCACGUGUUCAACGUGGCCAGCAUGGCGGUGUCGGCCCUCGUGGAGUCGAGGAGGCGGCGCCGCCUCAUGUCGGUGAUGUGGCUGGUGCCGCAGAUGGUGGUGGUCGGGGUCGGGGAGGCGUUCCAUUUUCCGGGGCAGGUGGGGUUGUAUUAUCAAGAAUUUCCGGCGAGCUUGAAGGGGGUGGCGACUGCGAUGGUGGCGAUGCUUGUUGGUGUGGCUUUCUACUUGAGCACGGCGGUGGUUGAUUUUAUUAGGAGGGUUACACAUUGGUUGCCGGAUGAUAUUGAUCAUGGGAGGCUUGAUUAUGUGUAUUGGGUGAUGGUGGUGAUUGGGAUUGCUAAUUUUGGGUAUUUUCUUGUGAUUGCAUGCUUGUAUCACUACAAGAAUGAGGAGGUUGUGAUCAAGAAGGAUGAGAAAGCAUAGAGAGUGAGAGUUAGAUGAGUUUUUAGGACAAUAAUUUAGACUGAUUUGAAAAUUUUCGGAUUUGCAAAAGUAGGACAUGUACUAUUCAAUAAGUAAUGCACCCGCAGGAUAAUUUUCUGCCCAAUUUUAAGAGUUUCGGACUUUACUUUGAAUGUGGUAGGCACAGUCAUGUGCUCGGUCCGUGCAAGCAAGCUCGAAACUCUUGAAAUUGAUCGAGAAUUGUCCUGUGGAUGCAUUAGUUAUUAAUUAGUGUACUAUUUCUGAAAUUUCGAAUUUUUUUGUCCUAGGUCUAAAUUAUUGUUUUAAUUAAAAAACCCUUCUAACUUUGGGUGGAGAGAAUGUUUUGUGUGUGUUGUUUGUAGGGCUUAUUUAUGAACUAAGUUUGAUCUCUAGCUUCUUAAUGUGAGUUUAGCUUGUGUUUGAGAUAUAUGUCCAUGUUUGUAAUUAAUUAAUGUGUUGAGUGGAGAAAUGGAUCCACUAUUUUUAGGUGUGAUGUUAAGGGAUAAAAUUGUAAAGAGAUGUGUGGGGUCAUAUCCCAAAACAAAUGUGAUGAUAUAUGUUUAAGGGACAUAUGAAAAUGAAAAAAAUGAUACACUUUUCAACGACGAAGGGAA